CACCAAACCAAUAACACCCCAGAAAUCGGCCACGUCAACAAGCAUCAGGGCUACAAUCGACAAUUCAACAACUCAGCCGCAGCUUCUGGAUCCGUCCGUGUAAAGAAAUCCAAACCACCAUCGCCGGCCCACACUCUGCACCCUAAAUCCACCCUUCAAUUCAAUUCCGAAACAUUAAAAACCAAAAAUCAACUACGAACUAAAAAACGGAUCGAUCAGAUUUUUUUUAUAUAAAUUGGAUUCGAUUGAUUGAGAGGAAAAAGAAAAGGAGAGGUUUUGAGUUUUUUGAUGGUGAUAAGAGAUGCCGCCCAAGCAAGCCUCAAAGGCAGAGUUAGCGAAGAAGCAGAAGAUCGUAGAGGACAAGACCUUCGGUCUCAAAAACAAGAAUAAGAGCAAAAAUGUUCAAAAAUACGUCCAAAAUCUUAAGCAAUCCGUACAACCCAAACCCGACGCGAGUAGAAUCGCUCAAAAGAAAAAGAAAGAGGAAGAUAAGGCCAAAGAGAAGGAGCUCAAUGACUUAUUCAAGAUUGCUGUUACUCAGCCGAAAGUGCCUGUUGGUGUUGAUCCCAAGUCAAUAGUAUGUGAAUUCUAUAAAGUGGGACAGUGCACUAAAGGUUUUAAAUGCAAGUUCUCACAUGACAUGAAUGUUCAGAGGAAAGGCGAGAAGAUUGACAUUUACAGUGAUAAGCGCGACGAAGAAACAAUGGAGGACUGGGAUCAAGAAACUUUGGAGAAGGUCGUGGAGUCAAAGACGAAGGAGUAUCAGCAGAAUAAGCCUACUGAUAUUGUUUGUAAAUAUUUUUUGGAAGCGGUGGAAAAGAAACAAUAUGGUUGGUUUUGGGUCUGCCCAAAUGGUGGUAAAGAUUGUCAUUACAGGCAUGCUCUUCCCCAAGGAUAUGUCCUAAAGUCUCAGAUAAAGGCUCUGAUAGAGGAAGAGAGUGAAAAAACACCAAUUGAGGAUGAGAUUGAGAAUCAGAAUGACCGCAUGAGGUAUGCCUUUCGUGCCAAAUUAAAAACUUCAACUCCUAUGACUCCCGAGUUAUUUAUAGAAUGGAAGAAGAAGAAGAUAGCAGAAAGAGAUGAGAGUUUGGCUGCACAGAAGGCAGAAAGGGCUAAGAAUGACCGCAUGAGUGGUCGUGAACUAUUUAUGUCAGACGCUAGUUUAUUUGUGGAUGAUGCUGAGGCAUAUGAGAAAUACCAAAGAGAGGAAGAAUCUGAUGCUCCAGAAAAUAAGGCCAAUUAUGAUUCAUCUGCUGCUGGACCAAGUACCUCAGCAGCAACUGCUGCUGAUGCUGAAGCUCUUCCGGAUGACGACGACGAUGAUGAUGAAUUGGACAUUGAUGAAUUAAAUGAACUAGAAGCAAGCUUAGCAAAAACAUCAAUUCAAAUUCAGGAAUAUAAUGCAGAAGCUUAAUUUUGAGAUGCAGAGUCUUUAGUCCACAUGUGUUUUAAAGUGUUGACUUUAUGAUCCUGCUGCAAAUUACUUGCCAUCACGAUUUCACCUGUCGCUUAAGACUACUGAGCUUGAUGUUAUCCUGGCAGAGUGUCAUAACGGCUUUGAGACCUUUGAGACCGUAAGAUGUAAUCGUGUUUUAAAAUCGAGAGAAAUAAAAAGGAGUCGUCAUCAA